CCCGCCGUGCCUGCAGAUGCGGGGAUCCACAUCAAUCGAACCAUCUCUCCUUUCUCUGCUCUUGUGCUCGCUGACAAGCUCGAUUCUCAGCACCCGGUUGUACCUAUGCGUUGGCCGAAGUAUGACGCUUCGCUAUCAUGCUGCUUCGUAGCACGUCUGUCUGCCGCAGUGCGGUCGACAUGUUUGCCAAAGUACAUCAAAUCCGCGUACCUACCCCUGCACCACGCCAAAACUUUGUCCUCAAUCGUCGAGCAUGCAAAGUCCGUCAAGCAGCAACGCAGACGUGACAAUAUUCCAUCUCUGAUCAAGACACUCUGCUGAAUUGUAUCAUCAUGCUUUCUACCCUUGAUGCUUCCUUCAGAUGUCUUUCCCGUCCUCAGCCUUGUCCCGGCACAUUUCUCCACCACCAAUAUCGAAACAAAGCCCCUAAUCCCCUUUCAGUAUCCUUCUCGAAGCUCAACCCUGACUUCUCACCCAUUUCAUAAACAUCUCACACCCGUCUCUACAAAA